UGUUUCGAACAACUCGACUUCAUUCAGUUCCACUCCUGACCGACAUUCAAAUCUCUUGACUUACGAGAGAUUUUGUAUGAUUGACACUGCAUUCUGAAUCUAGUUUAGCGGUGUGUCGUCGAUUCGUUACACAUACUGUGAAUAGUUUGCGGUAAACGGUGCUCUCGUUUCAGGUGUUUCAGUUUCAGUGGUACAAUGGCCAACAAAGAAAUAAAGGGUGCAGACAGCAUCUUAGGCCUUUCAGAAAUAACAGAAAAUAAAGCAAUAUGGCGAAUGUUAGUAGCGGAAUUCAUCGGCACAUUUUUACUGGUCGUCAUCGGUUGUGGCUCAAUAGUUUUACCAGGAGAAGUAAUAAUUGUUCGCAUUGCUCUAACAUUCGGAAUAACAGUCGCUACAUUAGCACAGAGUAUUGGUCACGUCAGCGGCUGCCACAUCAACCCUGCGGUCACGCUGAGUCUUUUCGCAACCGGCGACAUUAAACUCCUCCGAGCAUUACUCUUCAUCGCGGUUCAACUCAUCGGUGCUGUUGGCGGCUCAGCUGUUCUGAGGUUAAUGGUUCCCGAAGACAAAGAAAAGAAUUUGGGUAUAACGAACAUUAAUGUUCAAGACGGAGUCACUGACGUCCAGGGUUUCCUGAUGGAAGUAAUUUUAACGUUUUUGUUACUCUUCAUCAUUCACGCCGUGUGCGAUCCUCGCCGCAAAGACAUCAAAGGAUCGGCUCCUCUAGCUAUAGGUUUAGCUGUAACAGCUUGCCAUCUCUGUGGUAUACCCUAUUCUGGAUCAAGCUUAAACCCUGCUCGUAGCUUUGGACCGGCUGUAAUCAUGGAUUCGUGGGAAAAUCACUGGGUCUACUGGGCUGGUCCGUUAGUCGGCGGGGUAUUGGCUGGCCUCAUCUACAAAUAUUUGUUCAAGACGAAAAAAUCUGAUGUCGAUUCAUACGAUUUUUAAAUUGAAAAUGUUUCAUUUUUCACAAUUAUGUCAUUCAUUUAAAUUAACUUCCAUUUGCUUCGUAGGUACUAAUAAUCUAUGUACAAUUUUUAUAAUACUUUUUAAAAAAGUAGUUAUUACGUUUUAAGUGUAUCAUAGUAUUAGUUUUAUUGACAAUUCUAAAUUGUUUUAAUAAAAAUGUUGAUAAAACAUCGUAAAUUUAAAACCUUCCGCCAUGUAAAGGCUCUUUUACUCUUAGAUCUUUAAAUGUAAAAUCGAAAUUAGUUAUGAGACUAUAAACCUUUCUUUAAAUAAUAAAACGUAUAUCAAAUUUCUUAAUAUGA